GCGCCGACGCCAGGCGCUGGCCGUGGUGCUGAUUCUGUCAGGCGCUGGCGGCGGCGGCGGCGGUGGCGGCGGCGGUGGCCCCGCUCCCUCUCCCUGGCCGGACCCGGCUCUGCCCCCGCGCCCCAAUCCCACCAAGCCCCCCGCCCUCCCGCCGCGGUCCCAGCCCGGGGAGCGGCCGCAACCGGCACCAUGCGACCGGCAGCCCUGCUGCUCCUGCCCUCGCUGCUGGCGCUCCUGGCUCACGGACUCCCUUCAGAGGCCCCAACCAUGAGGAAAGGACAAGCCUCAGGCAUUGAGGAGGCAGAUGGCGAGCUGACAGCAGCCCCCACACCUGAGCAGCCAGAACGAGGCGUCCACUUUGUCACAACAGCCCCCACCUUGAAGCUGCUCAACCACCACCCACUGCUUGAGGAAUUCCUACAAGAGGGGCUGGAGAAGGGAGAUGAGGAGCUGAGGCCAGCACUGCCCUUCCAGCCUGACCCACCGACACCCUUUACCCCAAGUCCCCUUCCCCGCCUGGCCAACCAGGACAGCCGUCCUGUCUUUACCAGCCCCACCCCAGCCAUGGCUGCAGUACCCACUCAGCCCCAGUCCAGGGAGGGACCCUGGAGUCCAGAGUCAGAGCCCCCUGUCCUUCGAAUCACAGCUCCCCUACCUCCAGGGCCCAGCAUGGCAGUGCCCACCAUAAGCCCAUGGGAGAGGCCCAGCACUACACCCCCUGGCAGAGCCUGGACACCAACCCAGGAGGGUCCUGGGGACAUGGGCAGGCCAUGGGUUCCAGAGGUUGUGUCCCAGACCACAGGGAUUGGGAUCCAGGGGAUCAUCGCCUCCUCCACAGCUUCAGGAGAUGAUGAGGAGACCACCACUACCACCACCAUCAUCACCACCACUGUCACUACAGUCCAGCCACCAGGCCCUUGUAGCUGGAAUUUCUCAGGCCCAGAGGGCUAUCUGGACUCCCCUACAGCCCUCAGCUCACCCCCUGAUGUCGGCCUGGACUGCUUCUUCUACAUCUCUGUCUACCCUGGCUAUGGCGUGGAAAUCAAGGUCCAGAAUAUCAGCCUCCGGGAAGGGGAGACAGUGACUGUGGAGGGCCUGGGGGGGCCUGAUCCACUGCCCCUGGCCAACCAGUCUUUCCUGCUUCGGGGCCAAGUCAUCCGCAGCCCCACCCACCAAGCAGCCCUGAGGUUCCAGAGCCUCCCGCCACCUGCUGGUCCUGGCACCUUCCAUUUCCAUUACCAAGCCUAUCUCUUGAGCUGCCACUUUCCCCAUCGUCCAGCUUAUGGAGAUGUGACUGUCACCAGCCUUCACCCAGGGGGCAGUGCCCGCUUCCAUUGUGCUACUGGCUACCAGCUGAAGGGCGCCAGGCUUCUUACCUGUCUCAAUGCCACCCAGCCCUUCUGGGAUUCAAAGGAGCCUGUCUGCAUCGCCGCCUGCGGGGGAGUGAUCCGUAACGCCACCACCGGCCGCAUCAUCUCCCCAGGCUUCCCGGGCAACUACAGCAACAACCUCACCUGUCACUGGCUGCUUGAGGCUCCUGAGGGCCAGCGGCUACACCUGCACUUUGAGAAAGUUUCCCUGGCAGAGGAUGAUGACAGGCUCAUCAUUCGCAAUGGGGACAACGUGGAGGCCCCACCAGUGUAUGAUUCCUAUGAGGUGGAAUACCUGCCCAUUGAGGGCCUGCUCAGCUCUGGCAGACACUUCUUUGUCGAGCUCAGUACUGACAGCAGCGGGGCAGCGGCAGGCAUGGCCCUGCGCUAUGAGGCCUUCCAGCAGGGCCAUUGCUAUGAGCCCUUUGUCAAAUAUGGCAACUUCAGCAGCAGUGCACCCUCCUACCCUGUGGGUACCACUGUGGAGUUCAGCUGUGACCCUGGCUACACCCUGGAGCAGGGCUCCAUCAUCAUCGAGUGUGUUGACCCUCACGACCCCCAAUGGAAUGAGACAGAGCCAGCGUGCCGAGCCGUGUGCAGCGGAGAGAUCACAGACUCAGCUGGUGUGGUGCUCUCUCCCAACUGGCCAGAGCCCUACGGUCGUGGGCAGGACUGCAUCUGGGGUGUGCAUGUGGAAGAGGACAAGCGCAUCAUGCUGGACAUCCGAGUGCUGCGCAUAGGCCCUGGAGACGUACUUACCUUCUAUGAUGGGGAUGACCUGACAGCCCGGGUCCUGGGCCAGUACUCAGGGCCCCGUAGCCACUUCAAGCUCUUUACCUCCAUGGCUGAUGUCACCAUUCAAUUCCAGUCGGAUCCCGGGACCUCAGUGCUGGGCUACCAGCAGGGCUUCAUCAUCCAUUUCUUUGAGGUGCCCCGCAAUGACACAUGUCCGGAGCUACCUGAGAUCCCCAAUGGCUGGAAGAGCCCAUCGCAGCCUGAGCUAGUGCACGGCACUGUGGUCACUUACCAGUGCUACCCUGGCUACCAGGUGGUGGGAUCCAGUGUCCUCAUGUGCCAGUGGGACCUAACCUGGAGUGAGGACCUGCCCUCGUGCCAGAGGGUGACUUCCUGCCAUGACCCUGGAGACGUGGAGCACAGCCGACGCCUCAUAUCCAGCCCCAAGUUUCCUGUUGGGGCCACCGUGCAAUAUAUCUGUGACCAAGGUUUUGUGCUCACGGGCAGCUCCAUCCUCACCUGCCAUGAUCGUCAGGCCGGCAGCCCCAAGUGGAGUGACCGGGCCCCCAAAUGUCUCUUGGAACAGCUCAAGCCAUGCCAUGGUCUCAGUGCCCCUGAGAAUGGCGCCCAAAGUCCUGAGAAGCGGCUACACCCAGCAGGGGCCACCAUCCACUUCUCAUGUGCCCCUGGCUACGUGCUGAAGGGCCAGGCCAGCAUCAAGUGUGUGCCCGGGCACCCCUCGCAUUGGAGUGACCCCCCACCCAUCUGUAGGGCUGCCUCUCUGGAUGAGUUCUACAACACCCGCAGCCUGGAUGUUGCCAAGGCGCCUGCUGCCUCCAGCACCCUGGAUGCUGCCCACAUUGCAGCUGCCAUCUUCUUGCCACUGGUGGCGAUGGUGUUGUUGGUAGGAGGUGUAUACCUCUACUUCUCCAGGCUCCAGGGAAAAAGCUCCCUGCAGCUGCCCCGCACACGCCCCCGCCCCUACAACCGCAUUACUGUAGAGUCAGCGUUUGACAAUCCAACUUACGAGACUGGAUCUCUUUCCUUUGCAGGAGACGAGAGAAUAUGAAGUCUCCAUCUAGGUGGGGGCAGCCUAGGGAAGCCUACUCAGGCCUGCACCACAGUCCAGCAGCAAGGCUCCUUGCUUCCUGCUGUCCCUCCACCUCCUGUACAUACCACCUGGGAGGAGAUGCCACCAAUCCCUCAAGAAGUUGUGCCCUUCCCCACCUGCAAUGCCCACCAUGACCUAUUUUCUUGGUGUCACUGCCCACUUAGGGCCCUUCACUGGGCCCACGUCGGGGGGCAUCUGCCUGUGGGCAGAACAUGGCUGGAGCACAAGAAUCAACAGCCAGCAUCCCGAGCCUCCUCAUGCCUGGACCAGCCUGGAACACACAAGCAGAGCAGGAGUACCUCUGUCCAUAUGACCACCAUCCCACCCUGGCAUGGCAGCCUGCAGCAGGGUCAACUUGACCAUGGUAGAAACUGCACCAGGAUGCUCCUCACACAGCGAUCACCAAUGGCCAAAACUCCUCUCAAUGGUGACCUCUGGGUAGUCCCGGCAUGCCAACAUCAGCCUCUUGGGAGGUAUCUAGUCUCUAAAGCCCCAGGAAUGGACAGUUCUGCCUCCUGCCCUGUCCCAGUGGAGGCAGUAAUUUUAGGGAUCCUAAGGAGUUCAGGGGGAUCCUACCCAAACCUCAGGUUGGGCUUCCCUGGGCACUCAUGCUCCACACCAAAGCAGGAUAUCACCUUCUUCCCUGACUGCCCUAUACCCUGAGGAGAGGGAGACUCCUCCGAUGUUUAUUUGGCUGUUAAAAACAUCUUCAUCCCACUAGUCCCUCCUCUAGUUCCAGCCACUUGUCAGGCUCUCAUCUUGGCAACUGUAUUAUGUGAUAAGGGGAGGGGGCAGGCAUAUUCUGGAGAGGAGCAGAGGUCCAAGGACCCAGGAAUUUGGCAUGAAAUAGGUGGUAGGAAAGCCCCAGGGAGACGCCCAGGAGCUGGCUGAAGGCCACUUUGUAUAUGUAAUGUAUUAUAUGGGCUCCAGCCAGAGAACAAUCUUUUAUUUCUGUUGUUUCCUUAUUAAAAUGGUGUUUUUGAAAAAAA